CCAGGUCCUUCGGCUGCCCUCGAUGGAUUACACCCUGGAGCCCAAUGUCACGGUGACUGACUACUACCCUGAUGUCUUCACCAUCCCCUGUGACACAGAGCUGGCCCUCAGAGGCGGGAGGCUGCACCUUGCCGUCUUCUACUGCAUCCUGUUUGUGCUGGGCCUCCUGGGAAACAGCCUGGUCAUCCUGGUCCUGGUGGCCUGCAAGAAGCUGAGGAGUAUCACAGACAUCUACCUCCUGAACCUGGCUGUUUCUGACCUGCUUUUUGUCUUCUCCGUCCCCUUCCAGACUCACUACCUGCUGGACCAGUGGGUGUUUGGGACGGCCAUGUGCAAAGUGGUCUCUGGCUUUUAUUACAUCGGCUUUUUCAGCAGUAUGUUCUUCAUCACGCUCAUGAGCGUGGACAGGUACCUGGCUGUCGUCCACGCUGUCUAUGCCAUCAAAGUGAGGACGGCCAGAGUGGGCACGGCCCUGAGCCUGGCCGUGUGGCUGACUGCCGUUGCAGCCACCCUUCCGUUGCUGGUGUUCUACCAGGUGGCCUCUGACGACGGCGUGCUACAAUGCUUCCCGUUUUAUGACAACCAGUCUCUGAGGUGGAAACUCUCCGUUCACUUCGAAGUCAACAUCCUGGGCCUGCUCCUGCCCUUUGCCAUCCUUCUGUUCUGCUACGUCAGAAUCCUGCACCAGCUGCGGGGCUGCCAGAACCACAACCGGACCAGGGCCGUCAAGCUGGUGCUCAUCGUGGUCAUGGCAUCCUUGCUCUUCUGGGUCCCGUUCAACGUGGUGCUCUUCCUCACGUCCCUGCAUGACCUUCACGUCUUGGACGGAUGCGCCACGAGCCAGAGGCUGGCCCUGGCCACCCACGUCACAGAAGUCAUUUCUUUCACACACUGCUGUGUGAAUCCCGUCAUCUAUGCGUUCAUAGGGGAGAAGUUCAAAAAAAACCUGGCAGGCGUGUUUCAAAAAAGCUGUAGCCACAUCUUCCUCUACGUAGGGAGGCAAGUGCCGCUGGGGGCGUGGGAGAGGCAGCCGUCCUCCAAUCAGCGGUCUUCCCAGUCCUCUACCCUGGACUACAUCUUGUAG